GACCAUCAACACCAUGAUUGUCAACAUGCCCGUCAAUGGCGCGGCAGGUAGUGCAACCAACAACAAUAUCAAUAACAACAACAAUAUCCAGGCCACUAAUCAGAAUAAUGGAGGAGCUACCGGUGACUAUGGACAUUUCCUUAAGCGCAAGUACGAGGAGGAUCAAGAGCUGGCCUUGGGUCACGAUUACGAGGCCAUUGAGGCAAAUCCUUGGAAGAAACGUCAUUUGGAUUAUGAUGCCGGUGAUUUGCAGUUUCAUUUGCAAUUGGAACCGCCACCGCCGUCCACAGGUGCAGCCACAGUCGCUGCUCCCUCGUCCUCCUCCACCACCUCCAGCUCCUCGUUCAUCAACGAUCUGUUUGCCUACGAUAGCAGUCUCCUGGUGCCCGCCGCCACAGCCACCGUUGCCGCCGGCGCCUAUUCCCAUUGUCCGCCGGCGAAUGCACCGCUGGAGGAUAAUGGCGGUUGGACGGGCGGUGAACUCCUGGAACUGGAUCAUCGCUACAACUCGGGACUGCAGGCGGAGUUGAGUCACCUGAAUGCCACCUUGCCACCGCCACAGCCGCACCAGCAUCUAAAUCAGAAUCCCAGCCAGCAUCUAAAUCAGAAUACCAGCCACAAUCCAAGCCAGAAUUCCCAACAAAAUCAGAACUUUUUGGUGCCUCAAAAGCAAAGGAUAUUGACGGCGGGCAGACGCACUUCCUCCGGCUCCAGCUCGGGCUUGGGAACCGAUGCCUCUGAGGCGGAUUUCGAAGACAAGAAUCUCUCCUGGUUGCUCAACUUCAAGUUUGAUGAAUUUCCUCAUCUGUCGCCGCACAAUCAGAAUCAUAACCAGGCUUUGGGAUUGGGACCGACGGAGGGCAGUGUCACGCCGACGGCAACGACGGUCAGCACAUCGCCAUGUAGUUCCGCCUCGUCCACAUCCUCAGGCUCAGCAACGGUUGCCGGUUCAAGUCAUCCAAUGGGAUCGACGGUGAUGGAGCAGCAGCAGCAGCAACGAGUUAGAUCACCCAAAAGUUGCUCCAAUACAACAACGAUGGCGGGAGCAGGCGAUGCAGGAGGAGGUGGUAGUGUUGGUAGUGGUGGUAAUGGUGCUACUGCUGGAGGAGGAGGUGCUGCUGGUGUGGGCUCCACAAAAACGGGACGCAAGUUCGAGGAGCUGGUAAUGGAGGUCACCUCGGAGCUGGAUGGAAACGAUAUGAUUGUGGCCGAGCAUGUGGUCGUCGAGGAUACAACGUCCAAGGCGCCAAAGAAACCACCGUUCACCUACACGGAGCUCAUCGAAUACGCCCUCGAGGACAAGGGUGAGCUGACUGUGUCGGGCAUAUACCAAUGGAUAUCCGAUCGAUUUCCUUACUACAAAUCAAACGAUGACCGCUGGAAGAACUCGGUGCGACACAAUCUCUCCAUAAAUCCGCAUUUUCGUAAGGGUGUCAAGGCGCCGCAAGGUGCCGGCCACCUGUGGGCCAUAUCCAGUGGGGAUUCCGCCGAGAAUGUCCUAGCCUGGGAGCAUAAGAAGCAGCGUCUGGAUUUGUUCUUUAAAAUGGAAUCCAUCAAUCGGGAGCGCAUCCAACAGCAUCAGCAACAGAUGCAACAGCAGCAACAACAGCAACAGCAGCAGCAGCAACAUCAUCAACAACAGCAACAGCAGCAGCAACACAAUUGCCAUUCACCACAGCAGCAACAUCAGCAGCAUGCAACGCAGCAGCAUGCAACUGCAACCAGCAAUUGUUUGUAUGAUGAGGCAGCCGUGGCUGCUGCCACGCUUACCCAGGAGAUGCUGCAUCAGGCACCAGGAGGCGGCGGCGGCAGCAGCGAGAAUGCCCAGCACCAAGGACAUCACAGCAACCAUCAUCAGCAGCAGCAGCAGCAACAGCAGCAGCAACAGCAGCAGCAACAGCAUCAGCGAUUGCUACCCUUCAAUGAUCUCCUGAGCGACGAUGAGCUGCGAAAGACGGCGGGUCAAAUACUAAAUGGCAUACAUCGUGAGGUGGAAGUGCAGUCGGUGAACUCCAUUAUCAGUACUUAUCACGAUGUGCUGCUGGAUAAUGACUAUCUCAAUCCCAUACACAAAGAUGUGGUGGUCACGGAAAGCGGCCUGCGACAGCAACAUGGUCAUCUGGGUCAUAGCCUGGGACAAAGCAGCAGCAGCAGUUCGCAGUACUAUAUCACCGAAAUUGAUCCCAUGGAGCUGGGCAUACAGAUGUCACAUCAGGUGGAACCCUCCGAGGAGGAGGUGCUCUUCAGCGAUGAGUUCAAUUUGAAUUACUUUGGCUAUAAUCCCGGUAGCGAUAUUGUCGCCUGACCGCCGCGCAAUAACAACCAUAAUAGACAACAACAGCA